GCGCCAGAGUAGAUUAAAUGUCCGAUUUUCAGCGCGCUUUUGCGUGUGAUGUGCAGGACGUGAUGUGUGUGCGUAAACGAAGGUAGAUGCACGAUUUCGACACCACGUUGACAGCGUGCAGGUCGUGUGCUUGGUAUACUUGCCACUAGAUUUCUGCUGUGGAGGAACGUGAAUGAGAUUGGAAAGACCGAUUCACAAGUCGUCUGGACAUGGCUCCUCGUCGGAAAGCAGCACCGAAACCGGACGCCGUUGACCAAGGUAGAAGACGGAGUUCGAGAACCGCGGGGCGCGGAAUAGCGAACGAUCCUGCCCCUGCGGCUCCAGCGGCCAAGAUCAAGGACUUGAAGAAGGCCAAUGCAGUUGCACGCAAGAAGGACACAGCGGAAAGCAAUGCUGUCACGCCUGGGCUACCUGUCCGACCAACGAAUCUCAUCCAAUACCUGGACGGCUUCAUGCGCCGUGAUAAAAGCACGAAGCAACUCCUUGCGGAGUUCAAGAGGCAACUCCUCGCCGACAACAUUCUGAAAUUCGAAGUGAAGCCACCGACGGCAGGGCUGCAGUUUCAGCAGUUGGCACGGAUCACUUGCAUCGAGUGGCACCCCAGCCAGCCAGAGCUCUGUGCUUUCGGCUCCAAAACGGGAGAGAUCGUCCUCUGGAAUUCUUCGGCGCCCGACAAACGGACCGGGACUCCUCCGAUGGGCAAUGGGGGUUCAGUGGCUGCAAUGAAGUUCCUCAAGGGCGAUGCACAGCGGAUGUACACGGCCACACUUCUUGGACGGGUGAUGCUGCAGGAUUUCGGCGGUGCCCAGCCCCAAGUCUUCAGCGACACGAACAGUCACGAGGUCUGGUUCACGGCUCUUGACGUCUGCUACCAGCAGAAGUUGAUACUUGCUGGAGACAAUGUCGGCAAGGUUUACGCCUUUUCACCGGAGGGGAAAGUGUUAUGGCCCAAUCCAGUGCGCCUGCACAAAUCCAAGGUGAAGCACAUUGAGUUCAGCAAGAAGGACCCCAACCUGGUGCUGACCGCCUCCGUGGACCACACGGUGAAGCUGUGGGAUGCCCGCCGACUGACGGGACAGAAGGACUUCCUCUUUUCACUCGAGCACAAGCACGGUGUUAACUCAGGUUACUUCAGCCGAGUGGACGGCAACUCCAUCCUGACUACAGACCAGAACAGCGAGCUGCGAGUGUACAGGGGUCCCCUCUGGCAAGACGUCACAAUCAUCCGGCAACCGCACAGGCAGUUCCAGCACCUCACAGCAAUGCAGGCAACCUGGCAUCCCUCGGAAGACUUCGUCGUCGUGGGACGGUACCCUGACCCGAAGUUCAAGGAGAAGGACCUUCGUGGAAUCGACUUGUUUGACGGCCACGCUGGCGUGAUGCUGGGCAAGAUUCGCUCGUCUCUCGCGCUGUCAGGAAUCUACUGCCUGAACAGCUUCAACUGUUCUGGUGAAAUCCUGGCCUCAGGCAUGGGCACUCAAGCAGUCAUUUUUGGAGCAGCGCUUGAGGAGUAACUUCUGCAUCAUCUUGCAUUAUUCAUCAUAAAAGAGAUCCCCACAAUUAAUUUUUUAUUAAUUUUUAUUGCAUUUAUAGGCACCAAGGCCAUGUCAUUUUUGCACUGUGCAUUACAGCACACUCUGGUGCAGUAUUACUUGUUCUGUAAAUGUUUAUGCACGUUUUUCAUUCAAAGUUUUAAUAACGUCUGUUCUUUUUAUUAGUUACUGUUGAAGUGGCGGUAUUCUUGAUUACGCCACUGAUACUAUUUUUUUAACACACUAGUGCCAUCAUUCAAAAGUGCUUGGAACAUUUUAGCACAGUAGUGCUCAAAAAAUUAUUUACUUUUGCAUUUGGGCAUUAAGACUGUGUCCAUUGGGUCCCUCUGCAUUUCCCUGGGCAUUACAACACGCUUUAAUGUAAUAUUACUUGUUCUGUAGAUGUUUAUCCACUGUUUCAGGGAUGCUUUUUAUCAGAAGCUUUAAUAAAGUGGAAUCUGUAUUUUUAAGUAUCUGUAACAUAUUCUUCUUCACAUGCUUUACUUUUUUUUUUU